AUACAGAGAGGCAAAGACACAGAAGCCAUAUGACAGGCAGUGACAGAGAAGAGUGACUGACACCCUCACAAAGUCAGACGGGGACAUUACCAAGAUACAGAACAAGUGACUGUAGACUAACACAGACAGUGGCAGGCUGGCACACUAGAGGAUGCAGAAUGAAGGGUGCAGACAGCUAAUGACAGACAAAAGGAGGGGAAAUCUUUCAUGCCAAGGAUUUUGAGGGGUGUGACAAGAUCAGGGGAAAAGGAAAUAUACCUGAGUGCAAUCAUACUAAGGGAAGAGAAGACUGUCUGUAAGUUGAUUUUGGAUCAGGGUACUGAGAGGCAAGUGCUGAAGUGAUGGGACGAUAGCACCUAUCUUUAUAGGCGGAGAAGGGGCUGUAAGUACACUAACACACAUACACAUGUACACAUAUAUACAAUACACACAUGACCCCUGUGCGACAUCCACCUAGUGCAACACUGACACUGGAGGAGUAGCUCUGAGAUACUUCCAUGGGUGCAGCGGAGCAUUACGUGUCAGAAUGCAUAGAGAAAUUCGAGUGCACAGUCUAUCAGCAGAACACCACAUACAGGGCACAGCAGAGCUACAAAACACAUUGAAAAUGCCAAGUACGCAAAGGGUGCAGAGCACGGGCCUGCGGAACAUAAUAGGCAUUCAGAGCAUAACAGAAAUGCAAAGCACAGCGGACAUGCAGAGCACAGAUGAGAUGCGGAGCGGAGCAAAUAUCAAAAGUGAAGCAAAUAUGCAGAGCACAAUUAGAAAAAGGAGCACUGUGGUGACUGAAAGUGAAAAACAAAUGCAAAGCACUGAACAAUUGCAAAGCAGAACGGACAUGCAGAGCUUGCCCACAACGCAGCAGCAUAAAUAUGAUCAUGUUGAUUCUACAGAUGAAAAUCUACCCCCAAACUACCCCUACCCACAUGGAGCCCGUCACAUACCCCACACCAACUGCUCUUAUAGUCAAGAAUAUUCACCUGUGGCCGAAGAUGCAGAAAAGUACCCCCAAGCCGAUGGACAUUUGUCGUACCCCAUAAACCUACCGCACUCCUUCACUCGCACACCUAGUCCAGGGUGCCAAAACUCAGAGAAAGUGCAGGUCAACCUAGCUAACUACCACUUGUGGGGCAAAUUUCACAAACAUCAGACAGAGAUGAUCAUCACAAAGCAAGGCAGGCGCAUGUUCCCGUUCCUCAGUUAUCGUGCGUCAGGCCUGGAUCCUCUCGCUCAAUACACUCUGCAUGUCGAUGUGGUCCUGGCAGAUCAGAAUCACUGGAGAUUCCAAGGAGGAAAAUGGAUCCAAUGUGGCAAGGCUGAGGGCAACAUGCCAGGAAACCGAAUUUACCAGCAUCCUGAUUCCCCCAAUACUGGUGCACACUGGAUGAGACAGGAGGUGACAUUCAGCAAACUCAAACUGACAAACAACAAAGGUGCAUCUAGCAACGUAACGCAGAUGGUGGUUCUGCAGUCGCUUCACAAGUACCAGCCGCGACUACAUGUGACACGCAUUCCAGACUCUGGAGGCCCCGAGACUCACAGUCACACAUUCACCUUUGCAGAGACGCAAUUCAUAGCAGUUACUGCUUAUCAGAAUGCUGAUAUCACACAGCUGAAAAUUGAUCACAAUCCAUUUGCUAAAGGAUUCCGGGAUCACUGUGACUCACAAGUAUCCAGUGUGAUGAUGGGGUUAUGUGUACCGCCAUCUGGAGAACGCCUAACUCCAUCACCACCAGUUCGUUACCCACCACCCUUCUUGCAGGACCCUCUGCAGACCACCCGACUCUACUCAAUGGAGCAGAAAGAACCACCACCUUGGUACCUAUCUUCACAAGGUAUUGCUACACACCGAGACUACACCCCUUAUGACACAACAGGCAAAAUGGCUGCAGCAUAUGCAAUGAAGUGUUAUCCCCAGCCUCCUCCACUUGCAUAUUAUUCAGAUACCUUGGGCUCAUCCUGGGCAGGACCAGCACAGUACCAUCCCAAACCAAGUCCUACACCCUCAAGCUGGUUUCAUCCCUUUUACGACAACCGAGCAAAAGAGGAGGAAUCCAUCCCAUGGGGAGACCCCGCAAUCUUUGUGGAAGACAGUAAACGAAGGAGAUUGUCACCUUACAGAUCAGGUGGAUCCCCCAACACAUGUGACAGGGACACAGACAUGCCAUUCUGUGGGUUUUACAGCCAAUGACACAUAUUAAAGACAUGGUAAAACUUAUUCAAUGAGCCUUACAUUGAAGCUGUGAAGUCAGGACAAUGACCAUGAGUAGGGGUACUGCAUCUGAUCCCAAAGCAAAUUACAGCACAUUCUACUGUAUGUAAAAGAUUAACACUGAAUCUCGGUGUCCUCUAUUGUCACAUUAAUAAAAUAUUUUAUACACAACAACUUUUUCACUACACAAUAUUUUUAUUAAAUGUA